UGAGAGGAGUGUCAAGGAAGUGGCCUGUGGGAAAAACCAUUCUGUGUUUUUGCUGGAAGACGGGGAAGUCUACACAUGCGGUGUGAACACCAAAGGGCAACUUGGUCAUGAGAGAGAAGGCCACAAGCCAGGAGGUUGUAACUACAUAGCUUGUCAGCAUUAAAUCUGAGAGGAAGUCCCCUGCAUUUGGAGGGCACCAGUUGGAGAAAAUUAAACCCAAAGAGGAAGGAAAUUGUAUGAUGGUGAUGGCAAUAAUCGGAUGAGGAUCUACUCAGUGGAAGAUACUUCCUUAAGGGCAUUUUUGCUCAAGGCCCACCCCCUUCCUUGCAACCUGUCUUGGGAACAGGAAAAAUAAGGUGAACUGUCACCAUCUCCGUCUGCUUGGACCAAGCUCUCCUCAUAAACAAAUUUAUGCUCUAGCUGAUCAGCACAUCGUCCAUGUGGCCUGUGGUGAGUCUCACAAUGUGGCUCUUAGUGACCAAGGCCAGCUCUUUUCCUGGGGUUCAGGGAGUGAUGGUCAGUUGGGUCUUACAACAAGAGAAGACUCUGUAAGAAUUCCAAGGUUAAUAAAAAAGCUGAACCAAGAGAUGAUUCUUCAGGUCUCAUGCGGGAACUGGCAUUGUCUAGCUCUAGCAGCUGAUGGACAGUUCUUCGCAUGGGGACAGAACAACCAUGGACAGCUUGGGCUGGGUAAAGAAUUCCCCUCCCAGGCCACUCCUCAGCGUGUCAAGUCACUUGAUGGGAUCCCUCUGUCUCAGGUGGCUGCAGGUGGAGCACACAGCUUUGCUUUGUCCCUCUCAGGAGCUGUGUUUGGCUGGGGAAAAAACAACUCUGGACAGCUGGGUUUGAGUGACGAGAAAGAUCGGGAAUCUCCUUGCCAUGUGAAACUCUUAAGGACUCAAAAAGUUGUCUAUAUCAGCUGUGGAAAUGACCAUACCGCUGUUCUGACAAAGAGUGGAGGAGUGUUUACCUUUGGUGCAGGAUCGUGUGGGCAACUUGGCCAUGAUUCACUGAGUGAUGAAAUCAAUCCUAGAAGAGUUUUGGAGCUGAUGGGCAGUGAGGUGUCCCAGAUCGCUUGUGGUAGACAGCACACUCUAGCCUUUGUGCCUUCUUCAGGAAUUAUCUAUGCAUUUGGUUGUGGAACUAAAGGCCAGCUGGGAACGGGGCACAUCUGCAGUCUUAAAUGUCCUUCCCCAGUGAAAGGCCACUGGGCAGCUCAUGAUGGGGAAGUCUCUGGUAGAAGAGAUACUUGCAUGUAUUAUAUUGUUAAACAUAUAUUCUCUGGAGGAGACCAAUCAUUUGUAAUUUGCUCAGAAAAAGAGAAUUCUCUACCAGCUGAUGAUUUCCGGACCAUAAAUCAAAAUACCUGUUUGAUUAGUGACAGCACAAUAGACAUGUGGAGGCAAAAGCUUUCUGAAAGAAAUAGCUCUAAUUCAGUGAAUGAGGUUGUUCAGAUCUUAUCUUCAGCUGCUUGCUGGAAUGGAAGCUUCCUUGAAAAGAAAAUAGAUGAACAUUUUAAAACAAGUCCCAAAAUUCCAGGAAUUGACUUGAAUUCCACCAGAGUGAUGUUUAAUAAGCUAAUGACAUCUCAGCAUUCUACAUUGCGUGACCAGAUCUUGAAGAGCUUUGAAAGCUUUUUGAUCCCCCAGCUGCCUAGCUCCCCGCCAGAUGUUGAAGCCAUGAGAAUCUAUCUGAUUCUUCCGGAAUUCCCUCUAUUUCAAGACUCAAAAUACUAUGUAACCUUAACGCUUCCUUUGGCAAUGGCUAUACUGCGCCUGGACAAAAAUCCCAGUAAAGUUUUAGAUAACUGGUGGUCUCAGGUAUGCCCAGGGUACUUCUUGAGGCUAGUGGAUCUCUAUAAAGGUGCUGUGGUUUAUCUCUUGAAUGGGAAAAAAACAUUGCUGAUUCCAGUCUUGUACAGCAGUUACAUCACAGCUGCACUAAAACUUCUGGAGAAACUUCAUAAAGUAAAUCAGAAAGCUAAGCACAUAGAAUAUGACAAGUUUUAUAUCCCAGAGAUUUCUAAUCUGAUAGAUAUUCAGGAAGACUACCUGAUGUGGUUUAUGCAUCAAGAUGGAAUGAAAGUAAGACCAUCUAUCAUGCAGGAUGCUGUGACUCUGUGCUCUUACCCUUUUAUCUUUGAUGCACAAGCCAAGACCAAGAUGUUGCAGACAGAUGCCAAACUGCAGAUGCAGGUGGCCAGUAGUGGAGCAAAUCUACAGAAUGUCUUCAUGCUUCUCUCCCUGGAACCCCUUCUGGCUCGAAGCCCAUUCCUGGUCCUUCACGUUCGCAGGAGCAACUUGGUUGGUGAUGCUCUGAGAGAACUGAGCAUCCAUUCAGAUACUGACUUGAAAAAGCCUUUGAAGGUGAUCUUUGAUGGCGAGGAAGCUGUAGAUGCUGGUGGUGUCACAAAGGAAUUCUUCCUCCUCCUGCUGAAAGAGCUCUUGAAUCCCGUCUACGGAAUGUUCACCUGCUAUUCAGAUUCAAAUCUGCUCUGGUUCUCAGAUACUUGUUUUGUUGAGCACAACUGGUUUCACCUAAUUGGCAUCAUAUGUGGUCUGGCUAUCUACAACUUCACCGUGGUGGACCUCCACUUUCCAUUGGCUUUAUAUAAGAAACUUCUGAAUGUGAAGCCCUGCCUAGAUGACUUGAAGGAGUUGUCUCCCCUGGAAGGAAGGAGCCUCCAAGAGCUUUUAGAUUAUCCUGGGGAGGAUAUUGAAGAAACAUUCUGCCUCUACUUUACAAUAUGCAGAGAAAGUUAUGGAGUAGCAGAGCAGAAAAAUCUUGUUCCCGAUGGAGACAAAAUACCUGUGCAGACCAACAACAGGCAGGAAUUUGUGGACGCCUAUGUGAAUUACAUCUUCAACCUUUCAGUGCAUGAGUGGUACACUGCUUUCUCAAGUGGCUUCCUGAAGGUGUGUGGUGGGAAGGUUCUUGAACUCUUCCAGCCUACCGAGCUGAGGGCCAUGAUUGUGGGAAGUAGCAACUACAACUGGGAGGAACUGGAGGAGAGUGCAGUUUACAAGGGAGACUAUUCAGCAACACACCCAACUGUACAAAUGUUCUGGGAGACAUUUCAUGAAUUCCCUUUGGAAAAGAAGAAGAAAUUUCUUUUGUUCCUGACUGGCAGUGACCGCAUCCCCAUCUACGGUAUGUCUAGUUUACGCAUCAUCAUUCAGUCCACCUCCAGUGGUGAGCAGUACCUGCCGGUGGCCCACACCUGCUACAACCUCCUUGAUCUGCCCAAGUACAGGAGCAAAGAAACCCUGAGCACACGACUUACUCAAGCCAUCGACCACUACGAGGGCUUCAGCUUGGCCUGAGGGCAAGCCACCCCCAACAGAGACAAUUCUGAAUUGAAAGAAAAUCUUGUCUUGUUCUUCCUUCUGUAAGGAAAGGGGACAAGUUGCUCAGGGAAGCCUGGGAGGGGGAAGGGAGGUGCAUAGGAAAAAGGACGCUGACAAAGGUCUAUCAAUGUUUGUUGAAACUUAUUUUAUGCUUAUUGGAUAAACCUCUCUUGGUUUAAAACAGCCUCUCUCUGCUUCUCCGAAGCCUGUUGAACUACCUUUAUAUUUCUGAGGUAUCUCCAUCUUUUUCAAAAAUAGACUCUGCCAACUGUGAAUUCCUUUCCAUUUCCUUCCCCAUCAGCCCAGAACUGCCCUCUUUGCUCAUAGGUCUGGUUUCUCAGCUCUAGGGAUAAUUUCGAUAAUUAUCUAUUCCAAGGUUGGUUUUGGAAGAGUGGUGAGGGAAGGAAAUGAAAAGCUUACAAGUUUUUCCCUUUUGUCUAAUUUUCCCCAUUUUGUUUUGUCUGCGGAAAAUGACCAACGGGAUAAGCCUUCUUAGCCUUCUCUUUGCCCAGAAGAGCUUCUCCUCAGGCAAGUUGGGAGUUGGAAGGCAGCAGAGGUCAUGCAGAAUUGGAUUACAGGGCCAAAAUACUUACUUUGUGUUAAUGGUUCAAAGAAGAAUUUGUGUUUCAAUGCGGUAUUUUUCAUUUUCUUUUCCCUCCAGGGACGGGAAGUUCACAGCACAACCCAUGUUUUCUUCCCACCCCACUGUGCGCAGAUGUGUUUCUUGCAGACUGCUACUGAACGUCCCUUCGCCAUACUGCCUGUCUUAUCAAUGGAUGAUGCAUUAUUUUUUGGAACAGGCCCUGUCUGCCCCCGCUAAGAUCCAAGGCCAAAGUACUGUGGGGUGAAUGGAAGAAAACUGAUUAGCAGCUUCCUUUUCUCCCCCAAAUCAGCUUCCCCCAUUUAUUAUAAAAGCCACAGUGAAUAUUCCUCCCUCCCCCCGAUAAUUGCAUCAUAUUGUGGUCCAAGUCUAGUUAAAAUUGGUAAUGACUGAGUCUCAUGGAAAAUAAUGGAAUUAGUACAUUUGGGACUGAUGGGGGUACAGGGUAAUUGCAAUCCUGAUCCAGCUCAGCCAUGAAGAGGUGUUUUUUUUUUUUUUUCAGUCAGCCAAGCAAGGUGGACUUUGGUCGUAAUUUAAUUUUGGUUGGCAUGGAGCCACAGUACGUGUGUACCUUUUAAUUCAACCAUGUUUUGCACUUCCCUGAUGAAAAGCUUUAAAGGCAUUAGGGAGUUACUUUGCUGUUUGGGUAGCCAAUCAGCGUCUUUCUACUGCAACUUUAAAAGAACUUUAUCAAAUGCUUAUUUUGUAUGUGCGUGUACAUAGCUCAAUAUUAUGCAAUAAAUGGAAUGUUUCCUUCA